AUGGGAGCUGUGAGGACGACGCACAGUGAAGACUGGUAUGAAUGUGCUGAAGGCGCGCUGCGCCGGCGGGCGGCCGCGGAGGCGGAGGCGGCGGCAGAGGCGGUGGUGGUGGUGGUGGUUGUGGUGGUGGUGGUGGUGGUGAAGGUGGUGGUGGUGGUGGAGGUGGAGGCGAAGGUGGCGGCGGCGGUGGCGGCGAUGGAGGUGGCUGUGGAGGAAGCAGUGGAGACGCGCGCGUUCGAGGAGACACACAAUCGCCCUCGCGCGCACGCCGCUACCGCCCGCUCCGCCGCCGUCGCCCGCGCCGUCGCCCACGCCGCCGCCGCCGCAUCCGCCAUGCAGAGACCGGCCUUUUGGCGCGUCCCGGUCAACAAGCCGGACCCCGACGAGAGGUUCUAUCAUCCUCGUUUCUUCCCGGAAAAUCUUGUCACAGUGAGUGAUGAGCAUGGGGGAACACAUUCAUCUGGAGAUUUUAGCUCUGGAAAAGAUAAAUUAAAGCAAAUGGCAUCCUACUCUCUUGGUCGAUUAUUGGUGGACCAAUAA